AUGCUUAGUCCCAAAAGAACCAGAUUCCGUAAACAACAUAGAGGAAGAAUGAAGGGAAUAUCUUAUCGAGGUAAUCGUAUUUGUUUCGGUAGAUACGCUCUUCAAGCACUUGAACCUGCUUGGAUCACAUCUAGACAAAUAGAAGCGGGGCGACGAGCAAUGACACGAAACGUACGCCGUGGUGGAAAAAUAUGGGUACGUAUAUUUCCAGACAAACCAGUUACAGUAAGACCUACAGAAACACGUAUGGGUUCGGGGAAAGGAUCCCCCGAAUAUUGGGUAGCUGUCGUUAAACCAGGUAGAAUACUUUAUGAAAUGGGCGGAGUAGCAGAAAAUAUAGCUAGAAAAGCUAUUUCAAUAGCGGCGUCCAAAAUGCCUAUACGAACUCAAUUCAUUAUUUCGGGAUAG